GUCAGCCUAACCACAGUUCACAAAGCGCAACACAACACACACAGAGCCACAGAAGCAGUAGCAGCAAGAGGCGAGCAGAGCACAUAGAGAUCCUCCAGCAGAUAAGGUAGCGACCUCCCACCUGAAAAGAGAACCUUUGGUUCAGCAGCCCUACUGUACGUAGCUGAAGGCUGAAGCUCGAGGCCGGUAGGAGCAACGAAACCAUGUCGCCCGUGCACGUCCCGGAGCUCAGUAGCGGCGGGUCGGGGUCGGGGUCGGGGUCGCUGACCCUCAACCCCGUGCAGCGCGCGCUCACCCGGCUGUCCUCGUCGUCGGCCCUGACGCCGAGGUCGCCACCGCCGUCCUACGGGAGCAUCGUCACCGUGCUCAGCAUCGACGGCGGCGGCGUCCGCGGCAUCAUCCCGGGAACCAUCCUCGCCUUCCUCGAAGAGAAGCUCCAGGAGCUCGAUGGACCGGACGUGAGGAUCGCCGACUACUUCGACGUGAUCGCCGGGACCAGCACUGGGGGCCUGGUGACGGCCAUGCUCACCGCGCCCGACGCCAAAGGACGCCCGCUCUUCGCCGCCAAGGACAUCAACAACUUCUACCUGGAGCACUGCCCAAAGAUCUUCCCUGCCGUCUACGGCGGGCCUCUCGGCUUGCUCAGGAGCGUGAGGGGGCCUAAGUACGACGGCCAGUACCUCCACUCCGUCGUCAAACAGCUGCUCGGCGAGACGCGGAUUGGCGAGGCGCUGCAGAACAUAGUCAUCCCCACCUUCGACAUCAAGCUGCUACAGCCAACCAUCUUCUCCCGAUACGACGCCCGCAACGACGUCUCCAAGAACGCUCUUCUGUCUGACGUCUGCAUCAGCACGUCGGCGGCACCUACUUACCUCCCCGGGCACCACUUUGAGACCAAGCACAAGGAUGGCAAGCCCCGGGCCUUCAAUCUCAUUGACGGAGGGGUUGCCGCAAACAAUCCGACAAUGUUGGCAAUGACGGACGUAAGCAAGCAGAUCCUGCUGGGCAAUCAGGACUUCUUCCCGAUCAAGCCUGCGGACUACGGCAAAUUCAUGGUGCUGUCCCUGGGAACCGGCUCCGCCAAGGUGGAGGAGAAGUUCGACGCCGCCGCCUGCAGCAAGUGGGGGAUCCUCGGGUGGCUCUACAACAAGGGCGCCACGCCGCUCAUCGACAGCUUCAGCCAGGCCAGCGCCGACCUCGUCGACAUCCAGGCGUCCGUGCUCUUCCAGGCCCUGCGCUGCGAGAAGCGCUACCUCCGCAUCCAGGACGACGAGCUCAAGGGCGACACCUCCUCCGUCGACGUGUCCACGCCGGAGAACCUCAACAGGCUCGUCGACGUCGGAAAGGCGCUGCUCAAGAGGAGCGUGUGCAGGGUGGACGUCGAGACGGGCAAGACCGUGCCCGACGACAACAGAGGCACCAACGAGGAGGAGCUCAUCAGCUUCGCACGGAUGCUGUCACAGGAACGCAAGGCCAGGCUGCAGAAGAAGGGAGUCGGCGUCACACAGUAAACAUGAAUUUUUAAGGCUAUACAUAAUAGCAUAUAGCUAAACUGAUAUUACGUAUAAGGCGAAUUUUAGGACAAGUCAAUAUUUGAACUGCCAAAGCUCCAUGACUUAUGUACUAGUAUAAGCAGCUAUAGAGGUCGACAAACAAGUUGUAAGUGGAAGAAUGAAAUAAAUAGCCAAGUAUUUAGGCUCUCUUUGGUUCAUAA